UGAAUAAUGCACAGAGGCAGCAGUGUGUGAAUAAGGAAGUGGCUCUGAAGUGACUCGAUCUCAAAGUGUUUCGGAAAGAUAGUGACUGGGCUGUCCUGCCUUAAGACAUACACCCAAACUGAGUAAAAACUUUAAAACCAACCCUCUCUGUUACUAAGAGGACGUGAAAAGUGCAUGUAAAUUGAACGGGCAUAUCAGACUUAAACAGAUGAACAGACUUGCACCAUCUGGAAGAAUGAGAUUCAUUGCAGUUGCCGUCUUUCUUUGUGCUGGAUAUUUCUGUUCAACAGCCUUAGCUCAUCCUCGGGGAGAAUGGACAAAACUCAUCAUAACUCGACAUUGGCCACAGACAUUUUGCAGUGUGGAACAAUGCACAACAAAUUUAAGCUAUUGGACAUUGCAUGGAUUAUGGCCCAACACUGGCAUGAGGUGCAAUACAUCCUGGCAUUUUAAUGUCAGUUUGAUUGAGGACUUAAUCCCAGAAAUGGAAAAAAACUGGCCAGAUCUGCUAGCACCUACUUCCCCAAAAUUUUGGCAAUAUGAAUGGAUAAAGCAUGGAACCUGUGCUGCAAAAGCUGAUUCUCUGAACAGUCAACACAAAUACUUUAGCAAAGCUCUCGAGCUAAACCUCAAGUAUGACCUCAAUAGUGUUUUAAAGAACAACAACAUCGUCCCCUCUGAGCAGUACUACACACUGGAUCAGGUGGAGACAGCCAUUACCAGCUUUUUCGGAGUGAAGCCUAAGAUUCAAUGCGUCCAUUCAGGAAAGGUUCAGACUUUGGGCCAAAUAGAGCUCUGCGUUGACAGGGAUUUCCAGCUGAUCGAUUGCGAAAAGUCAAGCAAAGAAACCUGGAGCAAUGACAUCCCCGCAGUGCUCGUCAGUAGCCAGUCAGAUCUCAGUGUGUGUGAUCACGCAGUGCCGGUCUAUUACCCUCCGGUGCCCAGCAGAUCAUAGAGGUGGGCAACCCCAGACCUCGUGUGGGAGUGUGAAAUCACUGAGCAAGAGAAGACCAGAAUUCAUUCUGUAUUUGAAACGCUGGAAACAGUGUGGAAAUCUUUCCUGAUUACACUAUAUUUUUAAGCAAUUGCACAUUAUAUUCCUUUGUUGUUUUAAAUGAUGAUGCUUGAACAAUCUAGUGAAGAUUUAAGGGUGUCACAGACUGCUGUAUUCUACUGGGGUCACUUUUUAUUGGUUUUGUAGGUUUUACAGUAUAUGUUGC